CGCCAUCUCUCCUUUGAUCCUCCACUGGCCUCGUCCAGCUCCUUCCGCCCGCCAGCGCACCUUCCGCCGUUCGCACCGCUUUCGGUCGCCUUUGUCACCUCUUUCCCCCCUUCUCCUUCGCACGAAAGCAUCGAGGCAACCAUCUUCCCGCGCACCGUUGCCAGCCAUGAACUCGCGUCCGCACAAGCAGUCCAUGUCGGAGCUUAAGCUCCGUCGUCUCACCGAGCACAACCAGCGCCUCAGGGAGGACCUUGCUCGGCCACGGAUAAGAGUCAGCGAGGCAUCUGCCAGUCUGAUUCGGUAUUGCAAAACGACAAAAGACCCCCUUGUACCAUCAGUAUGGGGUCCCGUACCCCGUGCAGACGAUCCCUACCAGAACCAGAGUGCGGGAGGCAAGGGCUGUUGUACAAUCCAGUGACCGCCUCGCCGCCUCCCCUUCUACCGCUCCCGCCGGGCCCUCUCUCUUCUGUCUCUCCUCCUGCUCUCUUCCGGUCUCCCAGGCACUUUCGCGCACGCACCCACUUUCCGCCCUCUGUAUCCCUCGCUGUUUGAUCUCACCCACCCCACCCCUCCACCCCCGCUUUCUGCUCUCCGUCUUCUUCUUCCCCCGCCUCGGCCUCAUUUCGCGUCUGUUUGUUUAUCUCAUUCCUCUGUGGUCCAUUUAUACCAUCGCUCGUUAUAUUCAUAUCCUCAUCCCCACCGCUGUCGCCGUCGUCCCACAUCGUCGUCACGUAACAUAUGGUCAACUCGGAGCUUCCCUCGCUGUUCCCCUUCCCCGCGCGGCCCGCGGUCACGGUUCGCAUGCCAGAUGUCGCCAUGACAUGCCGCUCGCCUCAAACACAAGCCCGGGUCACAGAGGGCGAAGACACGGCCGGUCUCAAGAGCCCCCGCCGAGCGUAUCGCAGCUAGACGGAUACCGAGCGAGACGCGGGGGAUAGGAUGGGCGCGCAGGAGGGCGAGCGGGGCUGUAGGGCCCGGACGGAAGGAAAAACGGAGUCGCGGAUUGCAGGAGAAAUGUGCCGGAGAGAGACGAGGCUAUGAAGGACGCUGCUGCUACCGCCUCCCCUCGCUAUGCACCCACCCCCACCCCACCCCGCCUCCCAUCCCCCCGCGCUGCGGAGUAGGUGCGCUGCUUAUGACAUCGUGUGUGUAUGUAUGCGCCUCCGUGGCAGACGCGGAUACGCGUAAGCUC